CAUAAAUUGUUAGGUAAGUUGGAUAUGUAGCAAACGAGUUAUCAUUUAGUUGAAAUUGAUGCCGCAAAGCAGAAAAUAAUGUCCAAAAUAAUUUUUCUGUGUUGAAAUUCACUGCAGAAUUAAAACAUGGAAUUGGAGGUUAAACAAAGUCUGUAAGCGUAGCUAGAGGUACAAUAAAACAGCUUAGAUCAUUGUGUACUCAUGUUUAAGAGUGGCCUAGUCAAAGUCAUUACCUACUGGUAAAUACAACUGAGAAUCUGUAACGAUCAAAUGCUUCCUGACUGAGCUUGUGAAGGUUGUAGUCAUAGUUGUGAAACUAUAAAUACAGCAUUGGGUGUUUCUACUAAGGACUGACUCAGGUAGAGAUAAAUGCAAAUGCACACCACACUUUUAAGAUUUGUAAUUCUGGGGGAAAAAAACAAACCCAUGCAGCUCAUUUAUUUAUUCUGUUUAUUUGUCAAGGCAGGUAUGGGGACUGUUAGUUAAAGGUUAAUUGCUUUAAAUAAUGGCACACCAGAACAUUAUCAGAUAGUUGUAGGUAAUUAGAUAUUUGAGUUGUGAUUUUCUGACAUGAAUUGGCUGCAAGCUGCUUUAAUAUGUCAUUUUCUAAUCUUCAUACAUGUUAUUUGGAUAUUAAAGCCUGAAGUUCUGCCACUGCCUCGCCCUGUGUGAAACCGGGAUGGUUUCCGACCCCCGAGGUUUUCAGGAAAGCAAAGUCGGGCUCUCUGAAAACAGAAAAUACUUUAGCAGUUCUACGAGGUCAACACUAGAUGGCGCAGUUUAUCUGAUUCAGAUACUAACCUUGAUGCCUGAAUGUCCCUUAACUUUUAAACCACUAAACAAUCUGCUGAUGUUUUAAUAAUUUACCGAUGUUUCCCGGCAGAUGUCCGUGUUUGAAUUCCAAAUAUGUGCUCUGUCCGUCCGCCUAAAGAUUCCUCCACUUCUGUAAACAAAGUUCCUGUUCAGCCUUUUGCCUGAAUAAGGCAGUGCUCCUCACUUUUUGUCCCUGUUAACCCUUCACAUCCCAUACCGCUGCUGCACUCUGAAGGUAAAUUGCAAUAAAAAGGAUUCAUGCAAAAACAUUAAAACAGUGAUCUGAAGAGAUUCCUGAUAUCUUUGGCAUCACAUCAUCCUGGAUCCUGUGACAGGAGGAGCAAAGAUUCAGUGGUGGAGAUGACAAAGAUGGAUGAAUUCAGAGAGUUUCCUCCUCCUUCUCCUUUAUCCUAUUUUGGGAGGUUCACAUAAGCAAUCUGAACUCUCUCUCCCCUGAACAAGCAUCUUUAUGAAACGCUGAGAUGUAAGUUGUGAUCUUCUGCACAAGGUUUAACAGAGGAGAAAGAAAGCGAGACGGGAGUGUUGCAUCCAGAACUCUGUCAUCAGAGGAGCUGGUUUGCAUCCUGAUAACAGCUAACCAGGUUCGCUAAUAAGACAUGGAGUCAAAAAAUGAAGGGUCAACGCUGUUGACCAGUGAGAAACUGGCCUCUAUUGAGGAUGAAGAUGUUCUCAACAAAAUGCUGGACAGUGCAGCAGAUUUUGAAGAGAGGCGGAUGAUUCGAGCUGCUCUGAGGGAUCUGCUCAAGAAAAAGAGAGAAAAACGGGAGCAGGAGCGCGGGGUGAGGCAGCAAGACCUGAAACAGCAGGGCUUGAAUAAAGGAGGGACGACUGGAGGAGCAGUCAGCGUCGGAAGAGCAGUCGUGAACCAGCAGCCGUCGGUGAACAAGUCAGCAGGUCAGCCGUCGUCCUCCACUCCAAUCGGCAAGACCGUAGGCAGGCCCGGCCCUGCUGUUGUCUCAGCCCAGAAAUGUUCCUUUGCUGAACCACCCAACGCUAAAAAUGUCAAACAAAUGCUUCUGGACUGGUGCAGGGCCAAAACAGAGCCAUAUGAGGGGGUAGACAUCCAGAACUUCUCCUCCAGUUGGAAAGACGGCAUUGCCUUCUGCGCCUUGGUGCACCGAUUCUACCCCGACGCGUUCGAAUACUCCACCCUGAACCCCUACAAGCCCAGGGACAACUUCCAGCUGGCUUUCAGCACUGCAGAGAGGCUGGCAGGCUGCCCUCCCCUGCUGGAUGCUGAGGACUUGGUGCGGAUGAAGGAGCCCGACUGGAAGUGUGUGUACACGUACAUCCAGGAGUUUUACCGCUGCCUGGUGGAGAAGGGGCUCGUCAAAACCAAGAAGCGCCCAUAAGUCUCCGAGAGCCCACGAGUCACUGUGAUCUUUCCAGAUAAACGCAGCGAGAGAAAAUUGAGGUCAAAAGGACGACUUUGUGAUCAUGUCCAGAUAAAUAUUUACCAUUCGAUCGGAGCCAUUUCACUGUGAACAAGCGGUGACAAGUGGUUGGUAUUAGUUCGCAGGGAAUUGUUGCUGUCUGUGUGAUUUAAGAGAACAGCUGGUGCUUAGGGUCAGUUCAUUCCUCUGAGAUUACACAUCUGCAUUAAUCCCACUGUGAGUCUGAGCAUGACCUUCGUGAUGAUGAUGAUGAUGAUGAUGCUGUUGUCCAGCACUCGCUGCAGUUUGUGCGUCAGUUAAAUAAAUACUUAUUUCAUUA